AUGAAAAAAUGGGCCGAAGAGUUGGUAGAAGCAUUUCAAAGUUGCAACAAAAAUAAAAUUCGACAAAUUUUCAACAAUGGUUUCCCACACAGUGGAGUUUUGCAUUUAAAAAAUACCUCUGGAGAAAUCUUAAUUAGUAGAACUUAUCCUAUUCAUUUUGCUGCAGAAUAUGGAUAUAUUGACAUAUUACAAGAACUUUUUAAUGCAGGCGCUGAUGUAAAUGCUCUUGAUUCUUAUCAAAGAACGCCUCUUAUGGUGAGUUGUGGAAUGGGAAAUUUAGAUAUCGUAAGAUAUUUAGUAGAAGAAGCUGAUGCUAAUAUAGGAGGUUAUGAUUAUAAUGGAAAUACAGUUAUACAUAUCUCAUCUUUAGCUGGGCAGUAUCACAUUUUACGAUAUUUAGUUGAAGAUUUACAGAUUCCUAUAAAUUUAUCAAAUAAAUAUAAACGAACUGCUUUAACACUUUGCCAGAAAUCUCAAGAAAAAGCAUCUGGUGAAUUAUCUUGGAAAUUAGAAAGAGUAAUCGGCUAUCUUUCAUCUCAGCAAAAUAAGCACACUCCUGCCUUGUUUACUCCUUUAAGGCCAAAGCAGCAAGAGUCAGUUAGAAGAAGCUGCCACUCAAAUUGUAUAAGCCGAUAUAAUCAAAGCUUGUGGGCUGAUUCUGUGGGGAUUAGGGUCCAUCAGUUUCAUUCUCCUAAGCAAGAUAGAUUUGCAUUUAGCCAAUUUGCGCAUAAAAAUUUAGGCUCAAACAGAAAAUUUUCUGUGGAUACUCCAUCAGUUGAUAGAAUGAUUAGGAAUAAAUGUGACUUGAUAUAUGAUAAAUAUAUGAAUAGUCAUCAGCUGAUGGUUACAAUAAGAGAAAAAUCAAAUGAUCAAAGCUUGGUGCCACUGUAUAGAAAGAAUUCAGCGCCUUCGCUGACUGGUAUUUCAACAUCAAAAUAUAAUAAAUCAGAAUUAUAUUAA